UUUCCACCUUGUGCUCCACCUUACCGUCGCUAUCUGAAACAAUAAAAUCCAUUGGAUUCAUUAGUCGAUCCACAGAAAGUUCAAAUCCAAAUCUAAUUCCACGCUCCUGAUUUCCCAUGGUUUUUUGCUUCAGUGUCCCUGUAUAUAUGUCACCGUUGCAUCUCGAUCUAACUCCAGGAAUUAAUUAAUUAAUUCGGUCGCUUUUAACAUCGAUGACACGCUCUUCUUCUCUUUUUGUCUACUGCCUCCCGCCGCCGCUACCGCCGCCUGCUCCCCGGCGACGCCACCUGACAAUUCGCUAUGAGGUGGCAACGCUCUACGAGGUGCUCAGGGUGCCAGCGGGCGCCACAGGCAGGGAGAUCAAGGCGGCGUACAGGCGGCUGGCGCUGACGUGCCACCCCGACGUGGCCGGUUCUGGGGAUGAGUUCAUCCGGGUCCACGCCGCCUACGCCACGCUCUCCGACUCACACAAACGAGCGGAGUACGAUCACCGGGUGAUGCCUGCCGCCGCCGGAACCUGUUCGUCGCGGCGGCCGCGGCAACGGUGGGAGACGGAGCAGUGCUGGUAGCAGUGGAUAUGGGUCGAAGUAAUUUCAUGUAUAUUUUUCAUACGAUGAAAUGCAAAAGGUUCAAAAGCUUGAAUUUAAACAU